CAUUCGAACACACAGAAGGGACGAGCAACGAUGACAAGGUAAUUACAGAGGAAAUAGCGCUGAUGGACACUCCUCGCGCAGUUCUCCUGAUUCUUAUCCUUCUCUUUCUUUUUCUUUCUCCGGACCCCCAGCAGCCCAGUCCUACCCAAGGGCAUGAGCUCGAUGACCUCAUUGUUGAAGAACGUCGCCGUCUCGACCUGCUGAACAGGACACGAUACGGCGACUUUGACGCACCGAAUAACCGCUGGCUGAAUAUAACUGGGCUUCGGGAAGAGGAUGGAUUUGCGUGGCAACUACUUCCCACGAUCAAGGAGAGGGCCAGGGAACAGCUCAAGGGCGCGGUUGGCGAGCGUGGAUUACGAGAACUCGAAGGAAAUAUUGAAGAACUUCCGCCAGCCGCCGAGCCCGAAGCCGGUCUCCCAGAAGCUCUCAAGCAUUCUGUGAUUCCCCUAUACCAGAAUCUUACCGGGUUUCUUCAUGGGGAAUGGGUUCGGUCAAAAGCAGUCCCGCAGAUCCCAGUGCCGCAUAUCAACCUCACGGAGUCUGUGCCGCAUCUGUUCUUUGCAUCCGAGACCUUUGAAAGAAAUGUGACGGGACCGAAUGGAGAUAUUCAAAUUGACUUGGAUGAGAAAGUCAGCAGGACACUAAAGGGCGAUGAUGCUGGUUUGGUUCGAGAAGUCACCGCACAGAUGACGAUCAAGGACGACGUGUCAGGCGGAGAUGGCUGGAUGGCAAGACUACACGGUGUGCAUUAUCCAACAUUUGGUGCUGUUGUAUUGACAACGACGAGCGAAAGGUUCGCUGGCUUAUUCGCACUGCCGCAUUUCUCCCUCUCAGAACGGACCUACUCGCUAUCUCAACGCCUCUUGAACCGAACCAUAUCCUCCUCGAUCAAUAGCCAAGUGUCCAAGGGUUGGCUGGCACCCCUAAAUCCAUGGUCAUCGACGCCUGGCCAUCCAGCAGAUAUACCAUCCAAGCCUCGCUGCGAAUACAUUGUAUACCUACAGCAACAUGCGGCGGAUUUCAGCGACAAAGAUGGAGGCAAUCAACAGGUGCUCAGGCAGAUUGAGGACGAGCUUCGUUAUCCAACGGGUGCAUCGCUUCCCAGCGCGCCUCCACUCGUCAUGUCCGCCCUGAUCUUCUCUCCUGACUGCGGGAUACUACUCGAAUCCAAGAGUCAGCCUGAAACUUCCGCCGCAGAAAGCCUGCAUAUCACGGGUCCCAAGAUUGAAUCGUACAUAUCUCAAGCGAGAAAUUACAGUCUUUUAUUUGCAUGCAUCAUGAUUAUGCAAAUUAUCCUCCUGAUGAGACAAAUGAAAGACGCCUCAACUCCAUCUACGCGGAGCCGAAUAAGCUUCUACACUAUCGCAAUGAUGUCCAUGGGCGAUGGAUUCGCAACCAUGGCCUUUUCUGCCAUCGGUCUGUUCACAGACUCUGUUUUCCUUCCAUUCAUCGCUACUUCCUUUCUGUCUCUCUUCUGCGUCAGCUUCUUUGGCAUGAAAUUCCUCAUGGAAAUUUGGACCGUGCAAGCACCGGAACGACAAGAACGCGAGCGCGAGCGACAAGCCGCUGCUCAAGCUGCUAACAGCACAACCAAUACCACGGCAACCUCAAUGCCAAUAAUAACGGCCUCUGGCGCAGACACUCUCCCUCUCCCUGUCACCGCCCGGCGUCCCAAUGAGACCAGCGCAACGCCCAUCAUUAUAGCGCCAGAUCAAGACUCUCCGCCUGAUACUCCAACACCCUCUCCUGCCCCUAACAACCCGACAACCACCAAUACCACUACACCCGCUCAAACUCCUGGCUCCGCCCGCCGCGAAUUCGGCGCCCUCUAUUCUCGAUUCUACUUUCUCCUUCUCAUCCUCAUCUUCCUUUCUCUCCACGCUAUGUCCUGGCCACCCGGUCUACGCUCGGCAUAUACCAACGGCCUCGCAUUGACCUAUCUCUCGUUCUGGGUCCCCCAAAUAUACCGCAACAUUAUGCGCAACUGCCGCAAGGCUCUGCGCUGGGAAUACGUCGUGGGCCAAUCAAUCCUGCGUCUUGCGCCUUUUAUGUAUUUCUACACCGUCCCUGGUAACGUCCUCUUUGCCAAAACCGACCGCACUGCCGCCCUCGUGCUCAUCGGAUGGGUCUGGAUCCAAAUUUGCGUGCUAGUCAGCCAGGAGGUCCUUGGGCCAAGAUUCUUCGUGCCCCGCGGAUGGGCCCCCGAGGCGUAUGACUACCAUCCUGUCCUAAGAGAAGAUGAUUUGGAAAGCGGAGCGACCAUGCCGAUUGGGUUUUCCGCCGCAGAAGCUGAGGCUGAAGCUGGAUCGCCUUCUUCUCCGUCGGCGGCCGUUCCAGGCUCGUCGUCCGGACGACAAGGCGGUAAACGCACGUUCGAUUGUGCUAUUUGUAUGAACAACAUCGAAGUCCCGAUAAUCCCAGCCGGUAGCGGGGCCGAAGGAGGAGGGCGAGAUGAAUCCGGUGGUGGUGGAAUCACAGGUGGUGGUACCACCAGUACUCUCCUUGCCCGUCGUGCGUACAUGGUUACCCCGUGUCGACAUAUUUUUCACAGUGAUUGCCUUGAGGGCUGGAUGCGGUUUCGUCUGCAGUGCCCGAUAUGCAGGGAGACGUUGCCGCCGCUUUGAAAGAGCAGCAGGGUACAUGAACGACUCUUCACGUCUGGCGUUGCUUGUUGGCUCUGUAUAUAGCCAGAAGAAAAAAAGGGCAAUUGUUAAUAGUGAAGUUUAGCAUGUCAUAGGAAGUAACAAACUUCAGUCAUUUCCCUUUUUUGAUUAUGGAAUAUGAAUGAUUUGUACAAAUAUGUAAUGUAGGCAAAAC